ACUUCAAAAAUCGACCUGAAAUAGUAGACCAUCCGGGGACUUCUGGCAUACUCUUUUCAAUACACUAUGCUUUGGGACGCGUUUAUUCUAAUCUCACAUACUGUUUAGGAGUAUUAGUAUAAACAUUGAGACGCAGGGAGAGAGUUCAGACUAUUCCGUUAGAAGCGAACAGACGCCGAACGUUAAAAACCCGAGUCAUAAGGAUCAUAUUCAACGAACAAAAUCUGACGCCCAUGAAUGGAUUUCAUCGAAAGUGAAGUAAAUAUAAGGGAAGCUGUGACGCUGUUCUGUGUCCAAACUUUUCUGUUAGAAGCGAACAGACGCUGAACGUUAAAAACCCGAGUCAUAAGGAUUCAUAUUUUUUUUUACGGUGUGAAGUCAGUUUGUCAUUAUGGAGAACAGAGAGAGAUCUCCUGAUCACAGCUGUGUGUCUCUGAAGAGUGACGCAUCCAUGGGUCCUCCUCCUAAAUUCAGUGAUGAUCCAGUGACCUCUGACCCCAGCACAGCAGAUGGAGAGAGAAGCAUCUCUGGAGGAGCCUCCUCUGUCUUCUGUCUGAACAACACGAGCGUUACAGCGUCUCUGAAUAAACAUGAUCAACCAGUGAAUGAUGAACUACAGAGAGUCAAAGAGCAGCACAAAACCAGCAUGAAGAACAAGUACGAGAGAUUAUUUGAGGGACUGAAACUCCAGGAGAAUGAAAGCCUCCUGAACAGCAUCUACACACAGCUCUACAUCAUAGAGGGAGAGAGAGAAGGAGUGAAUGAAGAACAUGAGGUUUUACAGAUGGAGAAAACAGCCAGAACACAACACUCACAAUACACUCCAAUCUACUGCAAUGACAUCUUUAAAGCCUCAGCUGAAGCAGGAUGUGAGGAGAAAGAGCAGAUCAAGACUGUUCUUACUAAAGGCAUCGCUGGAAUCGGAAAAAAAAAAACCGUCUCUGUGCAGAAGUUCAUUCUGGACUGGGCCGAGGGAAGCCAACAGGAUGUAUAUUUCAUGUUUGUGCUUCCAUUUCUAGAGCUGAACUUGAUCCGAGAUCAUCAGUACAGUCUUCACAGACUUCUGCUGGACUUUCAUCCUGAACUUCAAGAUCUGGACUCACAGAUUUAUAAGGAGUGUAAAGUUGUGUUCAUCUUUGAUGGUCUGGAUGAAAGCAGAUUCACACUGAUGUUUUCAGACGCUCAGAAAGUUUGUGAUGUGACUGAGAUUUCAUCAGUGGCUAUGUUGAUGUCAAAGCUCAUGAAAGGAGAGCUGCUUCCCUCUGCUCUCAUCUGGAUCACCUCCAGACCAGCAGCAGCCAAUCAGAUCCCCUCCAAAUACAUCCACCGUCUGACAGAAAUUCAGGGAUUCACUGAGCCUCAGAAGGAGGAAUAUUUCAGGAAGAGAAUCAGUGAUGAGCAUCGAGCCAGCAGAAUCAUCUCACACAUCAGAAGAGCAAGAAGCCUCCACAUCAUGUGCCACAUCCCCGUCUUCUGCUGGAUCUCAUCCACUGUGCUUCAGAAGCUCCUGGAAGAAGAUCUGACAGCAGAAAUCCCUCAAACUCUGACUGAAAUGUACAUCCACUUCCUGCUGAUUCAGAUUAACAUGAGGAAGCAGAAGUAUGAAGAGAGAGAUCAAGAGAAACUCCUGCAGUCCAACAGAGAAGUGAUUGUGAAACUUGCUGAAGUGGCUUUCAAACAGCUGAUGAAGGGCAAUGUGAUGUUUUAUGAGGAGGACCUGAUUGAGAGCGGCAUAGACGUCACUGAUGCCACAGUGUAUUCUGGGAUUUGCACUGAGAUCUUUAAGGAGGAAUCUGUGAUUCAUCAGAGGAAAGUCUACAGCUUCAUUCAUCUGAGCGUUCAGGAGUUUCUCGCUGCUUUCUACCUGUUUUACUGCUAUUUAACAAAGAACAAUGAGUCACUACGUGAAUUUAGAUCUAACAGAUCUGAUGAAGUCUCUCUGUAUGGUCUACUAACAUCAGCAGUAGAUAAAGCUGUUGAGAAUAAGAAUGGAUAUCUGGAUCUGUUCCUGCGGUUCCUGCUGGGCGUCUCACUGGAGUCCAAUCAGAGACUCUUACAGGAUCUACUGACACACACAGAGAACAGCUCAGAGACCAUCAGAGAAACCACACAGUACAUUAAUGAGAUGAUCAAGAGAAGUAAUCAUCUCUCAGCUGGUGAAUCCAUCAAUCUGUUCCUCUGUCUGCUGGAAGUGAAAGAUCAGACUCUGUUCAGAGAGAUUCAGGAGUUUGUGAAAUCAGACAAACACUCAGAGAAACUCUCUUCUGCUCACUGCUCAACAGUGUCCUACAUGCUUCAGAUGUCAGAGGAGCCACUGGAUGAGCUGAACCCCAUGAAAUACAACACAUCAGACGAGGGGAGAAGAAGACUGAUACCAGCUGUGAUCAACUGCAGAAAAGCUCUAUUUUCUGGCUGUAAUCUCACUGUUCAGGGUUGUGAGAGUUUGUCAUCAGCUCUACAAUCCUCAAACUGUGUCCUGAGAGAGCUGGAUCUGAGUAACAAUGACCUGCAGGACUCUGGUGUAAAGUUUAUUUCUGAUGGACUGAAGAGUCUAAACUGUCAGCUGCAGAUACUGAGUCUUGCUGGCUGUUAUCUCACUGCUCAGGGUUGUGAGAGUUUGUCAUCAGCUCUACAAUCCUCAAACUGUGUCCUGCGAGAGCUGGAUCUGAGUAACAAUGACCUGCAGGACUCUGGUGUAAAGAUUAUUUCUGAUGGACUGAAGAGUCUAAACUAUCAGCUGCAGAUACUGAGUCUUGCUGUCUGUAAUCUCACUGCUCAGUGUUGUGAGAGUUUAUCAUCAGCUCUUCAGUCCUCAAACUGUGUCCUGAGAGAGCUGGAUCUGAGUAACAGUGACCUGCAGGACUCUGGUGUAAAGUUUAUUUCUGAUGGACUGAAGAGUCCAAAAUGUCAGCUGCAGAUACUGAGGUUGUCUGGCUGUAUGGUGACAGAGGAAGGCUGUGGUUAUUUGUCUUCAGCUCUGAGUUCAAACCCCUCACACCUGAGAGAGCUGGAUCUGAGCUACAAUCACCCAGGACCAUCAGGAGUCCAGCUGCUCCAACACAAACUGGAGGAUCUAAACUAUAAACUGCAGAUACUCAAUGUGGAUCAUGGUGGAGAGAACAUGAUGAGAGCAGGACUACGAAAGUAUGCCUGUGAUCUCACACUGGAUCCAAACACAGCACACACUCGACUCGUUCUGUCUGAUGAGAACAAGAAGAUCACACGUGUGUCUGAGGAUCAGCUGUAUCCUGAUCAUCCAGAGAGAUUUGAUGAGUAUCAUCAGGUUCUGAGUGUUGAGAGUCUGACUGGACGCUGUUACUGGGAGACUGAAUGGAGCGGAUCUGCUGUAAUAUCAGUGUCAUAUAAAGGAAUCAGCAGGAAAGGAGGGAAAGACUGUGAGUUUGAAUCCAAUGACAAAUCCUGGAGUCUGUUGUGCUUUGAUAACAGAUUCUCUGAUAACAGAUUCACUGUCUGUCACAAUAAUAACUACACUGAUAUACCUGUUGUCUGUUCAUCCAUUAAUAGAGUAGGAGUGUAUGUGGAUGUGUCUGCUGGUGUUCUGUCCUUCUACAGCAUCUCUGACACACACACACUCACACACUUACACACACUCAACACCACAUUCACUGAACCCCUCUGUCCUGGAUUCAGGGUAAAUAAUUCCUCCUCAGCAUCUCUGUGUGAUAUUAAAGGAUAGAUAGACUCUUUCUGAUGUUCACAUGAACACAAACUCAUCAAAUCUCACAUCAUUACAUUUGUAUUCAUUCAUUUUUAAUCAGUUUUUCAUUGUCAUCCAGAAGUUAUGAAUCUAGAUCAGACACACACUGUUCUGAAUCUUUAAUAAACAGAGUAAUAAGGUUGAU